UCUCUCCUCACUUCACAUCAAACUCUCAAAGCUCUCUUUAUUCCCAAACCAAACCAACCAUAAAAAAAAUAGACAAGCAGCUCUCAAAUCCCACACAAACCAAUCCAAAACCUUCUUCUACUACUAUAAAUGCCCCUUUCCACUUCCCCUUAAUAGGUAAGUAACCAUGGCUUCACCUUCAGCAGCAACAAUAUCUUCAUGCAUAUCUUUUAAGCAUAGAUUUGGUUCUUCUUCUACCCUUUCAUCAUUCCUUGAGUUGGGCUCUCCUUCAACCACCGUCUCCUUGAUGAGGCCCACCAAUAGGCCCAACGUAAGUUGCUCUCUUCAAACACUACAAUUUCCCAAGCAGCGUUUACCUUCGAAUGAUAUUGCCACUCCCAACAUUGCCCAUCCAAAAGAUGCAGCUAACUCUUCUCCUCCUCCUCCUCCAUCUUCGACAGCCAAUAAGUCUGUGCCCCAUCAAUGGAACCUCUUACAGAAAACUGCGACCAUGGCCUUGGACGCCGUAGAGACUGCUUUAGUCUCGCAUGAGCGCCAACACCCACUUCCCAAUACCGCCGAUCCCAGAGUCCAAAUUGUCGGCAAUUUCGCUCCAGUAACAGAGCAGCCCGUCCAGCACUCGUUACCGGUUUCAGGCAAAAUUCCCUGUUGCGUACAGGGCGUGUAUAUCCGGAACGGUGCGAACCCACUUCACGAACCAGUCUCUGGUCACCAUUUCUUCGAUGGAGAUGGUAUGGUCCAUGCUGUUCAGUUCAAGGAUGGCUCCGCUAGCUAUGCCUGUAGGUUCACCGAGACGCACCGGCUCGUUCAGGAGCGAGCUCUUGGUCGCCCUGUUUUCCCUAAGGCCAUAGGUGAGCUUCACGGCCACUCAGGCAUCGCCCGGCUCCUCCUAUUCUAUGCUCGAGGACUAUUCGGCCUCGUUGAUUCCAGCCACGGCAUGGGAGUCGCAAACGCUGGCCUUGUCUACUUCAACGGUCGCCUCCUUGCCAUGUCCGAAGACGAUUUACCAUACCAAGUCCAAGUUACUCCCACUGGCGAUCUUAAGACUGUUGGCCGCUAUGAUUUCAAUGGUCAGCUCCGCUCAACAAUGAUUGCUCACCCAAAACUCGACCCCAUCACCGGAGAGCUCUUCGCUCUUAGCUACGAUGUUGUCCGAAAACCAUACCUCAAGUACUUCCACUUCUCUCCACAAGGGAAAAAAUCCCCUGACGUUGAAAUUCCUCUAGCUCAGCCUACAAUGAUGCAUGACUUUGCAAUUACAGAGAACUUUGUGGUAAUCCCGGAUCAGCAGGUGGUGUUCAAACUCCCGGAGUUGAUUCAUGGUGGUUCUCCAGUCAUUUACGACAAGAGCAAGAUGUCCAGGUUCGGGAUAUUGGACAGGAAUGCCACUGAUGCUUCUGGUAUCAAAUGGAUUGAAACCCCUGAUUGUUUCUGUUUCCACCUCUGGAAUGCCUGGGAAGAACCCGAGACCAAUGAGGUCAUAGUAAUUGGCUCUUGCAUGACUCCUCCCGACUCGAUUUUCAACGAGAGUGACGAGAGCUUAAAAAGCGUGCUAUCUGAGAUUCGGCUUAACUUGAAGACAGGAAAAUCCACGCGCCGUCCCAUUACGUCCGACUCUGAACAAGUGAACUUGGAGGCCGGUAUGGUGAACCGAAACAUGCUCGGGAGGAAAACCCGGUUCGCAUAUUUAGCCCUUGCUGAGCCGUGGCCCAAAGUAUCUGGUUUUGCAAAAGUGGACCUCUUAACAGGAAAACUAAGAAAGUACAUGUAUGGCGACAAGAGGUACGGUGGCGAGCCUCUGUUCCUUCCCCGAAGCCCCAAUUCUGAGAAAGAAGACGAUGGCUACAUCCUGGCCUUCGUCCACGACGAAAAGGAGUGGAAAUCAGAGCUGCGAAUCGUGAACGCCAUGAAUUUGAAGUUGGAAGCCACGGUUAAGCUUCCGUCCCGGGUUCCCUAUGGCUUCCACGGAACCUUCAUAAAUUCAAAGGACUUGGAGAGGCAGGCGUAACUUAUUUCUGGGCUGUGUCUCUCUCAGAGAUGUGUGAUGUCACUCAUGUGUUUGUAGAUUUUAUUGAUAGAUAUGUUAGAUAUAUAGUGGUGAUUUUGCAGAGGGAUGAUAGCUUAUACGUCCCCGGAAUCUCCACUUCUGGAUACUAUGACAGCCGUUUUCUGUCUCUCUCUUUAUUUGGUUUGGUAUUUCGAAGUGAAAGGGUUUGGGGGGGACCAGCUUGUAGCUCUUGGCUGUAGGUAGUUUAUACAUAUGGAGCUCAGCUGGUUUCUGCUGAUUCCCUCAAAUAUGUCCAUCAUCGAAGUACAUAUCUGCAGAAGAUUAUGUAAUAUUGGUGUCUAUAGUAAUUCUGUUCAUAUC